AUGAACGAGGACGGAAACGAUUUGAGGAGGAGUGACCGUGAAAAGAGAGAACCGGACCGGUUCACUCCAUCCACUUAUGAGAGGUCAAAGGGGGAGAGGGUUGUGCAAGAAGACUUGGAAGGGGCCGCGAAGGGCGAAGAAAGUGGAACUCCCAAAUCCGAAAUCAAGUCCCAAUCCCUGCUUGGAAAAAUGCUCAAUUACACCCCGUUUGGAAGAAAGAAGUCGUCCCCAUCGUCUUCUUCAGUGUCGUCGAACACAAGAAGGGCAGAUGCGGAGGCGGAGCAUGGUCAGAAAAUUAUCGAUAAAGAAAACGAGAUUUUGGAGUUGGAAGAAGAAUUGGAGUUUGUGGGGGUGGAGGUAGCCAGUUUUGAAACAGCCAUUAAAUCCAUGCAGGAGAAAUGCGACCCCACAAAAACAGAAUACGACCCAGAAGCUGCAACAGAUCUCAAGCUAGAUCUAAAAGAAUUAAUGAAGAGAUUGUUGGAGAAGAAAACGGAAUACGCCCUUAAAUCAGUAAGAACUAAGGGCAAGAUUCAGCGUUUGAAGAAUGACAUCAUUCAAUUGAAAAGGGUGAUGGCGGCAGACUUUGCCCACAUCGAUGAAGAUGAAGAGCAAGAACUUGGGUCAGAUGAUGAGCGGCUCAGGGAGAUGGAGGAUAAUGAAAAGUUAAAUCAAUAUGAAUCGAGUUCAGUGAAAGUGCUUACCCCACCACCAGCACCAGUUGAAACACCACCACCACCAGUGGAGUCAAAUAACAACAAUCAAGUUUUGGAAAUGAUGGCGAAAGCGCUGACUACGCUGGCAGAGAAGAGCAGUGGUAGUGGCAGCAGCACUGACCGUAUGAUAAUACGGCAGACCAUUGGACGAGAUCUGCCAACUUUUGGGGGCCGGGCGGAAGAAUGGCCAUCAUUUAUCGCAUCCUACCGAAGAACGACCCAGGCUUGCGGAUUUUCUGACGCUGAGAACAUCGAGCGCCUGCGCAAAUGCCUGAAAGGGGAUGCGGCGAAAAGCGUGGAGUGUAUGUUGGUCUCACCGGAUGGACUCGCAGAAGUUCUGGAAACUUUGGAAGAAAGGUUUGGUCAGAAGGAACACAUCAUCAAGGCGAUGAUAGCGAAACUUCGACAAAUUCCUUCUGUGACCCAUGAAAAUCCAGCGUCGAUGGUGGAAUUUGGGUCAGCAGUGACCAAUCUGACUGCUAUCAUCAAGUCCUUGGGUGAAGACCACCACCUUCAAAAUCCCAUCCUCUUGUCUGAUUUGGAGGAAAAAUUGCCACCAAUUGUGAGGGCUCAAUGGAAAGGAAAGGUGAUUGAGUCAGGCAAAGUUGCAUCUCUGGUCAGCUUCACAGAGUGGGUCAAGAUCCAGACCAAGAUUGCUAUCUUGAUGACUCCACCCCGAACUGAAGAGAAGAAAUCAGAAAAGAAGAGCCAGCAGCGUGAGAAGAAAGUAGUGGAAGAUGAUUUUCCAACUGCUGCUGGUCUUAUCAGUGGUCAAUCGGACAAGCAGUGUCCGUUUUGUGACAAGACCAAUCACACCGGUAGGGAGUGUUUCAAGGGUGAAAGGAUGACACUGGAGCAGAAGAAGAGAAUUGUCAAGCAAAAAAAUCUAUGCUACAAAUGCAUCAAGCCCAAGCACCAAGCAAAGGACUGCCGUUAUCAACAAAAGUGUGAUUUGUGUGGGGGCGCUCAUGUAAAGAUGAUGUGUCCAGAUCAGCAAGAAAAUAAGAAACCUCCAUUACAAACAGAAGACGGGGCGGAGACCACCAACUCGGGGGCUAACUACUCAUGCAGGAAAGACGUGUUGCUGAAGACGCUGCUGGUGAGAGCGUUGGGUCCAAAGAGGUCGACGGUGGUCAGAUUGAUCUUUGACGAGGGAAGUCAGCAGAGUAACGUCGGCUCCACCACCAUCUCCAAGAUUGGGUGCAAGUUGGUGGGAGAGGAGUUUUCACGCAACGUUCUGUUUGGUGGUUCAGUGACUGACUGCAAGAAAGUGAAAAGGUUCAAAGUCAGAAUUCAAAGCAUGAAUGGGAAAGUGGAAAGGGAGCUGAUUUUGAGGGAAACUCCUACUAUUUGUGGUGACAUUCCGCGAGUCCCAAGAGGUCCAUGGAUAAGGGAACUCCAGCAGAAGAAGAUAUGGAUAUCUGAUCUUGAGCAAACAGCGGUGGAUAAUCCGGAGGUAGAGAUCCUGGUUGGAAGUGACAAUUGGGGGCAUCUUGUCACCGGAAGACCAAUUGUGUUGAGUUGUGGUUUGGUGGCUGUUCACACCGUUUUUGGGUGGACCUUAAGUGGAGCUGUGCCCGGGUCCAAAGCAAAAGCAGACAGUGUGGCAAUGACUUGCACUUCCCUUCUGACCGGUGACCUGAACAUCCCAGACAUGUGGUCAUUGGAAUCGAUUGGGAUUCAGGAUUGUGCCCAAAUCAAAUCAAAAGAAGAAAAGGAAAUCGCCACUCAACAACAUUUUUUGAAAACAGUUUCCCGAAAUGAGGAUGGCGUUACCAAGUCUCUCUUCCGUGGGUGGAGGAGGCUCAUUUCCGCCACCGCCAAGUUGAGGUCAGCAGGAAAAUUUGAAGAAUACGAAAAAAUUUUCAAAGACUGGUGCCGAGAAGGCAUAAUUGAGGAAGUGAAUAGUGAUGUGAUCUGUGACAACGUGCACUACCUUCCCCACAGACCAGUCUUUAAGCCAAACAGCAAGACCACCCCAGUGAGACCCGUUUUUGACGCGUCUUGUAAGGUGAAUCGGAAUCCAUCCCUCAACGAAUGUCUAGAAAAGGGGCCCAAUCUUCUGGAACUGAUUCCAGCUAUUCUACUCAGAUUCAGGGAGAAGAAGAUUGGCGUCAUUGCAGACAUCCGGAAAGCCUUCCUGAUGAUCGAGGUCAAGGAACAGGAACGCGACUUCUUACGGUUCCUGUGGUGGGAGGGACAGGAUAUAAAAAAUUUGAAAAUUUACCGCCACGCCAGAGUGGUCUUUGGUGUCAGUUGUAGCCCAUUUCUUCUGGGGGCUGUUCUCAAAUUCCACUUGGAGAAUGUGGAUCCGGAACUCCAACCAAUAGCAAGGGAGUUGCUGCGAUCUCUUUAUGUUGACAAUUGCGUCUUGUCGGUGGAUUCUGUGGACGAGUAUCAAGAAUUUAAGGAGAAGUCCGUCCAGAUACUUGCGGAUGCGAAGAUGGAACUUCGUCAGUGGGAGUGUAGCGCUGGGCAGGGUUCCGGAGUCGGGUUGCCAUCAGGCGACUGCGGAUUGGGCGCUGUUGGAGGUGCUGCUCAACCACUGACUGGAGUUCUUGGGAUCAUUUGGGACAAGAAUCAGGAUUCUCUGAAGAUUGAGAUACCACAAGAUCCACUACCACCGAAAUUGACUAAGAGGAACAUCCUAUCGGUGGCACACAAGAUUUUUGAUCCGCAUCCAAAAUCCAAAUCCACUUGGGAUGAAGAUUUAAGUGGGGAGUUGCGGGAGGAUUUUGUGACAUGGUGGAGGGAAGUGGAUGAAUUGGAGAAAGUGUCAAUUCCACGCCAUGCAUUUGGAGAAAUCGGUGCAAACCUCCAACUUCACACUUUCUCUGAUGCGAGUAAAAACGCCUACUCAGCAGUGAUCUUCCUGAGAUCCGGAUCGGAGGAGAAAAACGGGGUCAAGAUUCGGAUCCUUCAAGCUAAGUCCAGGGUCUGCCCUCUGAAGGAGACCAGCAUGAAUCGCCUGGAGCUGCUUGGAUGUGUGAUUGCGGCUCUUCUCGCCUCAACUGUGAAGGAGGCGUUAUCGUUGACAGAAGUGCCCACUUAUUAUCACUGUGACUCGUCAAACGCCUUGGCUUGGAUUCGGAAGAAUGAUGAGUGGGGGACUUUUGUGGGGAAUCGCGUAAAGGAGAUCUUGACGCUGACCAAGGUGGAAGAUUGGAGAUGGGUCCCUGGAAAAAAGAACCCGGCUGAUUUGCCUUCAAGAGGGUGCUCCCCCAGCCAACUUUUAAAAUCAAAGUGGUGGGAGGGACCAGGUUGGCUUGUGCAGCCGGAAGAGUUUUGGGUGUGGGAAGAAGAAGAACCCAACAUGGAGGAAGUCAUGAAGGAGAAGAAGAAAUCUGCAGCAGUCAAUAUGACCAUCGGAGGUGACUCAAGAUUAUGGUACAUCGCCCAUUCUUCUUCCUACAUGAAAACGGUGAGGGUCUUUGCCCGUCUGGUCAAAUUUGCAAAAUGCUACCGGACAUCCAAAGAUCAAGCCAAGUCUGAUCUGACCCAAGAAGAAGUUUAUGCUGCUGAAAAUAAACUUCUUAAAAUUGUUCAAGAGGAGGGAUUUGGGAAUGAGAAGCAACUUAUUUCCGGAAUCAGGGUGAAAGCAGACGAGGAUGGAGUGCUUCGAGUACAGACCAAACUGAUCCAAAGGGAGGAUACGGUCUCAUUCCGGAUGCCGGUCCUGCUGCCACCCAAGCAUCCUCUUGUGGAACUCUUGAUAACUGAAGAACAUCUCAAGCAUCAUCACGCUGGAGUCCAAUUUCUUCUUAGCAAAUUGAGGGAGAAAUAUUGGAUUGUCCAAGGACGAAGAGUAAUCAAACAAGUCAUUGGAUCAUGCCAAAGGUGCAAACGGUUCAAUUCCAAGGCACCCAACGUCCAACCAGCAGCUCUCCCAGAAGAUCGGGUGAAAGAUGCCAAAGCAUUUCAGAUCACGGGGAUUGACUUGGCUGGCCCGUUUCAUCUGAAAAACCAGUCCAAGACGUGGAUGGUUUUGUUCACCUGUGCCGUGUAUCGCUGCGUGCACUUGGAAUUAGUCCAUGAACUCAGUACAGAUAUCUUCCUGCUCGCUCUGGAUCGUUUUGUGUCAAGGAGAGGAAGACCAACCAAGAUUUACACGGACAAUGGUACCAACUUCACAGGGGCCGAGAAUUUGUUCAAGGCACUGGACUGGAACAAGAUUCAAAUUACAACACAACUUCACAGAAUCCAGUGGAUCUUUAAUCCACCAUCCGCGCCGUGGUGGGGCGGCUGGUGGGAGCGUCUCAUCAGAAGCAUCAAAGAUUUACUGAAACGGAUGCUUGGACAUAGUAAACUGAAUUACUACGAGCUGGAGACAUUCAUAUGCGAGGCGGAAGGGGUGAUGAACGGAAGACCCCUCACCUACGUCUCUGAAGAUCAAGAAGAUUUGAUCUCCCUGACGCCAUCAAUGUUUCUCCAGGAUGUGACAACGGUGGAGCUGCCUGAAAUGGAGGUGCUGAAUUCAAAUGGACUCCAAAAGAAAUACCGAGAGUUGACGGCCCUACGAGAGGAAUUAAGGUUAAGAUUCCGGAAGGAAUACCUCUCCUUGUUGGUGCAGAGGGGAAAAGUAAAGAAAUGUGAGGAAUUUCACCUAGGAGAUCUCGUCCUCGUGAGUUGCGACAACCAGAAGAGAAUCUUCUGGCCGAUAGCAAGAAUUGUGGAGCUCUUUCCUGGGAAAGACGGACAAGUCAGGGUGGCCCGUGUGAAAACUGAAAAUGGAUUCUUAACUCGACCUUGUCAGCGGCUCUAUCCCCUUGAGGUCUCGUCUCAGGUGGAAUCUCUUGCAUUUGUAUCGGCAAAACCGAAGAAAAUGAAGAAAACCCUAGCGGCGAAGCAAUCCCCUGUGGUAACAGUCAAGAAUGUACCAGCGAAGCUAGAGGUGGUGUCCCGAUUCGGAAGGAAAAUCGUGACCCCAGAUCGACUUGGACAAAAGUGA